GAUCACACUCGGUUGAUUGGCUUCCGAUGGUGCGAAGUUCCGACAGAGGAGCACGUCGAAUUUGCAUUGACCCCAACACAUGGACGCGAACCGCAACAACAAGUUUCACGAUGGUCUGGGAUACGAUAUCAAUGUGCGUAGUCGUUUCGUCAUGGAAGGGUCAAGCAAUAAUGUCCAAGGAAGAACAUUGAGCACACCCAGGAAGAUACUGUCAAGACACUCCAUGCGUCAAUCGAGAUCCUGAACUCGUUCGUCUGUCGCCAUCCCCCUGCGUCCUUCGCGAGUCUUUGCUCUGCCGCUUCAUUUUCGGUCCAGUGUGUUUGCGCUACAAUCGCUCUCUCAAGCACCACCAUGGACUGCGACAACAUUGGUGCAUAUAUACACUCAGAAGUACGGUCAGCAGAUAUCCCGCUCACCUUUGAAGACCGUACCUCAGCGAUGUAUGUAUUCGAACUGAUCGUCUACCUGUAUACGUCCCUUCGAGAGCAAGAGACCAUCUUGGAACAGAUAAUGAAAGAAAGUUCUGGUUUCAUUCCUGUUGAUGACCAAGAUCGUGGAUUAUGCGUUCUGGCUGGAACAUGAAUCGUUUACUUUUCAUAUUUAUGCUACUAUCCAUUAGCUAUGGCUUACCGUGAAUGCAAGGAAUGGCAUGUCGAAAGUGUAGACGUUGACUUGCGAUGGGCUUAAACCCUGUCGCCAAAUGUGUAUUACAGGGUUUAAUAAUGCUUGCAACGCGCAACAAGAA